AUGCCUCAAACAGACUACCACCUCAUCGGCCUGUAUACUCGCUACUCCAGCUGGACAGCGCGCGUAGAAGCAGUUCUGGAAUACUUCCAAAUCCCUCAUACUCGUGAAUUCAUCAACCUCCCCUCCGUAAAAGCCAUCUCACCAACCGGACUCGUCCCAGUCCUACAAUGCCACUCAAUCUCAACAACGAUAAGCGACUCCCUCUCUAUUUGCGAGUUCCUCGCUGAGUCGAACCCCGUCACUGUCUCUAUGGCCACGGGAUCGAAAGCUUAG